CGGAGAAAAGUCUUCAGUCUAAGACUAAUCGGGCUAUAGAGACCGAGUUUGUUUUUUAAGCUGAGGUGCAGACGGAGGAAAUGACGAUCGUCAGUCGAAUAGUUUCAUAUAAAGCCCACGUCUCCCAUUGAGUUGAGUACAAAAUACUUCAUCCAAAAGCACCAAAAUGCAUCUCCCCACACUGGCCUCCCUGGCCAUCCUGGCUUCUUCGGCACUCGCACAAUCAACGACGCAACUAUUCAACUUCACCACCUACGUCGAUAUCGAGAAUAGCAUUCUCCGUCCUAAUGGCCAUCUGCUUCUGACGACAUUCAACAACGGCAGUCUUUACACCCUCGAUCCAACUGUCGCCAAACCAAAAGCGGAACUCGUCGCUGUAUUCCCCGGCGUCACUGCCAUUUCCGGCAUCGCAGCUAUCGGGGCCAACACGUUUGCUGUUGUUGGUGGAAUCCGUGGUCACUAUCACUAUACGAAUGAGACUGUCUUCACGGUGGACUUUGAUAAUGAAAAGGACGAGACGAAACCAACCAUCAAGGCUGUUACCCAGGUUCCAGAGGCUGUCAUGUUCAAUGGCCUGGCAUCCCUACCGACACGGCCAGAUGUAGUCUUCGUCGCUGAUUCCCGUCGUGGAUGUCUGUUCCAAGUAGACACCAAGACAGGAAAUUCCAAGAUCGCCUUCCAACACCCCGCCCUCUUUGCACCAGCUAACGCCUCAAUCCCAAUCGGAAUAAACGGGCUGAAGAUCGCCAACGGAAACGUUUUCUUCACAAACUCCGCCCGGAACAUCUUCGCGCGCAUCCCCAUCUCCGAGAAUGGGGAUAUAGUCAACGACGUCAAGGUUAUUGCGCGAUUGAAUAGCAACGACGGAUCUGACUGGGAUGACUUUGCCAUUGAUGCCAGUGGCGUUGCGUAUGUUGCCCAGCCGCAUAAUGCGCUGGCUCGGAUCACGCCCGAUGGAAAGCAAGUGAUUGUUGCCGGGGGUGGAAAUAGCACUGCUCUUCAUGGGCCUACGUCUGUGAAUAUUGCGAAAGAUGGGAAGACGGCGUAUGUGACGACUCAGGGUGGGCAGGUUGUGAGGGUGGAGUUGCCGGGUUAUCAGUAACUAUCUUUACUUUAGAAGAGCUUCAUGGAUUGUAAGAAUAGGUGAUGCUU